UCGAUUUUUUUGGACUGAACCACUACACGACCGUUUUAGCCGAACCUACAAAAAAGGAGUUUGGUUUUCCAGGUGAUGUGCUGGUGCAGCUAACUAGAGAUCCAUCGUGGACAGGGUCAGGAUCAUACUGGUUGAAAGUUGUGCCGUGGGGUUUUAGAGAUAUGUUAAAUUGGAUAAAAAAAGAAUACAAUAAUCCAAAAGUAAUUAUUACUGAAAAUGGAAUCACAGAUAAUAAUGGAACAACCAAUGACCCACACAGAAUUUAUUACUACCGACAGUACAUCAACCAACUACUUAAAGCGGUAAAACAGGAUGAAUGUAAUGUCAUUGGAUAUACGGCUUGGUGUCUUUUAGACACGUUUGAGUGGAAUAGAGGGUUUCAUGAGAAGUUUGGACUUCAUUCCACAGACUUCAGUGACCCUACGAGACCAAGGACACCAAAGCUUUCAGCUGCAGCAUACACAGAAAUAGUAAAUCGUAAUGGAUUUCCUCCUUCAAGUGGUAGCAGUGAUGCUCAAAACUUUAUCAUGUUAAUAUUGUUGAGUGUAUCAUUCUAUUGUAUUUUGAAAGAGUGAUAAAAGACAAAUUUGAUCCACUAUCUCUGAUAUUUAUUUGUAA